AUGGCCAUAUACAAUCCUUUACCGGAGGGUAGUGUGCGGUUGCUCCGGCUUCUGCCACAUUCGGACGAGAACUCGCCCAUAGAAUGCCACGUCUUUACCUGCACCUUACUCGACUCCGGGCGCACCCACCCCUACGAGGCGUUGUCGUACGUAUGGGAGUCUGCGGACGACCCACAGCCUCUGUCAAUAAACGACUCGGAGUUAUGGGUCAAGGGGAAUCUCCAUGCGGCGCUCUCACAUCUUCGGGAUCCCUUCCUAGACCGGGUCCUAUGGAUAGAUGCUCUCUGCAUCAACCAGAAAGACGAUGACGAAAAGGGUCAUCAGGUUGGGCUCAUGGCAAAGAUCUACGCCAAAGCGAGUCGCGUAAUUGUCUGGCUUGGAAAGGCAGCGGACAACAGCGACCAUGCGCUCAUAGCGAUACGCAAGGCUGCCGAGGAGCAGGACGAGAAUGCUGCAAUCUCCACGAGUUCCACCGUCGAUGAAACGCAACAGGCGAUCCUCAAGCUGCUUGAGCGGCCGUGGUUCCAACGUAUCUGGGUUCUUCAAGAGGUCGCCGCCGCUCGAAGUAUCCUGAUCAAGUGCGGCCCUACAGAAAUCGACGGGCAUGCCUUCUGCGUAUGCCUAGACGCAGUACAGCUGUCUCACGAUAUGCGCCCAGACCUCCAGGCUUUGAUUCCUCAGGUCAUCUACCUAAUAUGGGGCGUAGUGUUUCGGCCUAGGCACGAGAUCAGUUCGUCCGGUGGGCUUUCUCUGGGCAUAUGCCCUCUCGGGGAGCUGGUAGAUAUGUACCACGCCCGCAAAGCAACCCUUUCUCUCGACAAGGUUUAUGCCUUGCUUGGCAUGAGCUCGGACAACCCUAGCACGGCAGGGCUGGAAGCCGACUAUAAGGCUUUGUGGAAAGAUCUGUUCCAAAAACUGAUCAGAUUCUGCCUCUCUGAUCAGGUGUCUGUUAGCACCUGGGAUAGCGAUGAGGUGGCGAUCAUCGAGGCCAAGGCCGACAUUAUCGGCAAGAUAUCGUCGAUCAUAAAGGACGCUUCUCGGUACGACAGACAGCAUGUGGAGAUCACUUGGAAGGGGGAGGGGUUACGAUCGGAACAAAGCUCUCACUUCACCUUCCAAACCUCGGCGAAGGUUAUCAGGCAUUGGGACGUCGUCUGUCUUCUGCCAGGAGCAUCAGCGCCCACCAUCAUUCGUCCCCGCAAAGGAUUUUCGAGCAUUGUCAUGGUUGCAGCUCCCUUGUUGACAGGUCAGCUGCUGAAGCAGAUGGGUCCAGUGACGAGGUAUCCAAAUGAUCUGCUGCUCGUCUGGGAUUGGGACAUGUCUCGGGCCGAGGCGCACGACGAAGACUACGAAUCCUUUAUAACCAGUCGAGGGGCUAUGAGAUCAUGGAACCUUGGACUGUUGCUGGAUAAAGUGGGGAGAUAUGGAGAGGCAGCAAAAAGUCUCCGGAAUGCCGUCGAGUUUCAUAGAACUGGGUGGUCACUGAGAAGCGUGGAGAAGACUGGGCCGCCGAGAAGGGCCAAGAAGCGAGAUGGCCGAACCCCGCUAUCAUGGGCCGCCGGGGAGGGCCACGAGGCCGUUGUCCAGUUUCUGCUAGCGACAGGGAAGGUCGAUCCCGACUCGAGGGAUAAAUCUCGCCGAACGCCGUUGUCGUACGCUGCUGCGGGUGGGCAUAAUGCCGUUAUCCAGCUGCUUCUGGCGACAGGGAAGCUGCUUCUAGCGACAGGGAAGGUCGAUGCCAACUCGAUGGACAUGUUUUGCAAUACGCCGCUAUCGUAUGCUAUUACAGGCGGACACGACGCCAUUGUCCAGCUGCUGCAAAGGACGGUGGAAAAAAAUAUCAUAGAAGAGAUGGAAAUCAAUAGUGGAAGCUCAAGGUAUAAUAGAUGAAGAGCGACUAGGAGGAAAUGUGGAUUGCGAGGGUGUCCUUAACCCAACCGACCCCCUAAGGACGGUCCCUGCGGUUAAUGAUUGUUUCCUUUAUAACGGUUCACCCUACCUAUCUUGACUGUGUUGCUGUUUAUACAUAUAAAGAGCUUCGGGAAUUUAUCCCAUAGACAGAAUAAGUGCCUUGACAAACCAUAAUAAUAAAGUCAC